AUGAAGGACAAAUCUAAUCGUCGCUAUCGGUCGCAGCGGCCCUGGAUGAUGGAUCACGGCGGGGUCGACGAGGAGGCACCGAUCGAUCCGAGGCUCAAAAAUCGAGCCUUUCCGGCCGACCAGGAUUUCGAAGGUCACCGAGCACACACCGUUUUCGUUGGCGUGCACAUUCCGGGCUCCUCUAGGCGACACUCACAGCGACGCCGCCACAAGCACCACCAGCCGGGCCGCGACAAUGGCGACAAAAACAGCGCCGGAUCGGAAUCCGAUCGUCCUGUUGUUCCGAAACCGCACAUCGUCACACAACGAAGAAUCAGCAUCGUUGAUGAUGGCGAAUCUUUUACACCGCCUGCACAAAGGGUCCAGUUCAUCCUGGGCGGAGAGGUCGGCGACGACGGUGGCCAGCACGAGUCGCACCCGCUGUUCUCGGAGAUGGAGGAGCUGGUCAAGGAGGGCGACGAGAUGGCCUGGAAGGAGACGGCCCGCUGGGUAAAGUUCGAGGAGGACGUCGAGGAGGGCGGCAACCGGUGGUCGAAGCCGCACGUGGCCACCCUCUCGCUGCACUCGCUGUUCGAGCUGCGCAGUCUGCUGCUGAACGGUACCGUGAUGCUGGACAUGGAGGCGACCAGUCUGGAGCAGAUCGCCGAGCUGGCCUGCGAGAACAUGGUCAACUCGGGCAUGCUGCCCGUGGAGGCGCGGGAGAAGGUGAUCGAGGCGCUGCUGAAGCGCCACAAGCACCAGCACGAGUUCGGCAGCAAGAAGAGCCGGCUUCCGCUCAUCCGUUCGCUGGCUGACAUCGGCAAGAACCACUCGUCAUCGAAGAAUAUGCCACGCUCAUCCACCAGCAAAAGCAGCAUCGCGUCGGCCAACUCAUUCCCUAUGCACGUCGUUUCUUCGGCACCGUCGGGCAUGCACGACGAGGACGAACCGGCGUCGUCGGCACCAUCGCCCCAUACGGCCCUGCUGUACGGUAGCAAGGACCAGCGGGGUCACUAUCUCGCACUGCCCACAGUUGAGGACCCAACGAAUACUAACAGUCCACCGAAUAGUGCUAGCAAUGGCGGCAACCAGAACGCAUCCAGCAACAAAUCGGCCAACGGCAGCAACGGCAGCAAACACUUAACCGUGCCCGGAAAAGCCGCCGGAGAGCACAUGAGCCAGAGCCCGAGCAGCGUGUCGAUGCCGCGGAACACCAGCUCCGGCGAGCUGCAGAACGGCGAGCAUAAGAGCAACACACACUUUAUGCGCAAAAUUCCCCCGGGUGCCGAGGCGAGCAACAUUCUCGUCGGCGAGGUGGACUUUCUCGACAAAACGCUGUCCGCGUUCCUGCGGCUCAACUCCGCCUCGGUGAUGGGCGACCUGACGGAGGUUCCGGUUCCGACGAGGUUCAUAUUUAUCCUGCUCGGACCGCCCGGAAGUCAUGGCAGCUUCCACGAGAUCGGGCGCGCCAUGGCGACGCUGAUGUCGGAUGAAAUUUUCCACGAAGUCGCGUACCGGGCGAAAAAGCGGGAACACUUGCUGGCGGGAAUUGACGAGUUUCUGGACGCCGUCACGGUCCUCCCGCCCGGGGAGUGGGAUCCGUCGAUUCGCAUCGAACCACCGGCCGCCAUACCGUCACAGGAGGUUCGCAAACGACCGCCGGAGAAGAACCCCAAGGAGGAGGUCGACGAGGAGCUGGAGGAGCAGAGGCAACGCGAGGAGGCGGGUCUGUCCCGAACCGGGCGCCUGUUCGGAGGGUUGGUCAACGAUCUGAAGCGCAAGGCCCCGUUCUAUCUGUCCGACUUCAAGGAUGGCCUGUCGAUGCAGUGCGUCGCGUCUUGGAUUUUCCUGUACUUCGCCUGCCUGUCGCCGAUCAUCACCUUCGGCGGACUGCUGGGGACGGCCACCGGGAACAACAUUGCCGCGAUGGAGUCGCUGGUGUCCGGGUUCGUGUGCGGCAUCGGGUACGGGUUCUUCUCCGGCCAGCCGCUGACCAUUCUCGGAUCGACCGGGCCCGUACUCGUCUUCGAGACGAUCGUGUACGAGUUCUGCCUGCAGGUGGGCUGGGACUACUUGACGUUCCGCUUCUGGAUCGGCACCUGGAUAUCGAUCAUCCUCGUCAUUCUGGUCGCGGUCGAUGCGAGCGCGCUCGUGUGCUACAUCACGCGGUUUACGGAGGAAAACUUUGCCUGCCUCAUCGCCGUGAUCUUCAUCUACAAGGCGAUCGAGAACGUGUUCCACAUUGGGCAGGACUACCCGAUAAAUAUGGCCGGCGGGAAGAUGGACUGUGCCUGCCUUCCACCGGCGGGUCAAUCGCUCACACCGGAAGCCGUACACCAGUGGGCGCAGUAUGGUAUGCGGACGUGCAAGACACUCAACGGAACACUGGUCGGGGCCGAUUGCGACAAGCCGGAGUACGUGUCGGACGUCUUCCUGAUGUCGAUCGUGCUCUUUCUCGGCACCUACAUCAUCUCGGUCAUCCUGAAGGACUUCAAGAACGCACUGUUCUUCCCGGCCGUCGUGCGCCAGUUCAUCAGCGACUUCUCGGUCACGAUCGCGAUCUUCUCGAUGACGCUGCUCGACUUCUUCACGCACAUCGCCACCCCGAAGCUGGACGUGCCGAACGAGUUCAAGCGCACGAUACCGACGCGCGGCUGGCUGAUCAUGCCGUUCCACGAGGACAACCCGAUGUGGUCGUCGGUCCUGGCGCUCCUGCCCGCCCUGCUCGGCACCAUACUGAUAUUCAUGGAUCAACAAAUAACGGCUGUGAUAAUCAAUAGGAAGGAACACAAACUCACCAAAGGUUGUGGCUACCAUCUGGACCUGUUCGUGCUGUCCUGUCUCAUACAGAUCUGCACCGUCAUGGGCCUGCCAUGGUUCGUUGCUGCCACCGUGCUCAGUAUUAAUCAUGUCAAUUCGCUGAAGAAGGAAUCGGAAACGGCCGCCCCCGGCGAGAAGCCACAGUUUAUUGGGGUGCGCGAGCAGCGUGUCACGCACAUACUGAUCUUCCUGACGAUCGGCUGCUCGGUGCUGCUGACGCCACUGCUCUCCCACAUUCCCAUGCCGGUGCUGUACGGCGUGUUCCUCUACAUGGGCGUUUCGGCGCUCAAGGGGCUCCAGUUUUUCGACCGGUUGCUGAUCAUGUUCAUGCCCGCCAAAUACCAGCCGGACUACAUGUUCCUCCGACAGGUUCCGAUCAGACGCGUCCAUCUGUUCACCAUCAUCCAGCUGGCCUGCUUCGUCGUCCUGUGGCUGAUCAAGUCCUUCUCGAUCACCUCGAUCCUCUUCCCGCUGAUGCUGGUGGUGAUGAUCGGCGUGCGGAAGUCGCUCGACUACAUUUUCACCAAGCGCGAGCUGAAGAUCCUGGACGACAUCAUGCCGGAGAUGACCAAGCGCGCCCGGGCGGACGACCUGCACCAGCUCGAGGAUGGCGAGGACUCGGGACAACAUUCCGCCGACAAUCUGCAGCUGCCACUGGAGAACGGGACGCUCAACGAGAAGGCCAAAAUCAACAUAUCCGAAGAGGUGAACCGGACGACGAUCUGGAAGCAGGUCAACGACUGCAACGUGCUGUUCACGAAAAAACCGACCACGCAGUCGGGUGAUCGUCAGAAAUUAUCGCAACAAUUAUUAAAAACUAGUGAAAACGAAAAAAGACUGUCCACUAUGCGCGAGGAGGAUGAGGUGGAUGAGCAGGGGCGUCAAUUAAGUCACCAGAAAAAGACACAGAAAAUGAAGCGAGAGUUUUGGAUGAAUUCGCGAUCCGGCAGCAGCAACGGUCGUGGUGUCAAUAGCAAUUGCAGCAAUCCCGGUGGUGGAACGUUCGCUUUCCCGGGGGGAUGCGGAGGCGAUAGGGCUUCCGAAACGAGGGUGUGAAGGAGUGUUUUAGGAAUAGGUUAGGUGGGGCGGGGAACCGAGGUAACAAACCUCGUUGGUUUACUGUGCAGGGUAUAAGGAAAGGCUGACGAAGGAAAAUGCAUGUACUUAUCGAUCUCUCCGACCGAACGUUGUUGUUGAGCCGAAUGGAAGAAGCAUUAUACUUCUAAUACAAGACAAACAGAAGAUUUACCCGGGUAAGAGGCACCCUCCGUCGUCGUCGAUUAGUGGCCGAACCACAAAUAGACUAAUUUCCACUAGACAAAUUACUAACAUUAUACCCCUUUGGUGAAGGAUUUUUUAAAAGGUGGACAAUUUACAAACCAACAAACGACAUUCAGUGGGCAACCAACCCGACACACCAUUCGACAAUUGUGAGGCAUAGCAUUUUUAUAGGAUUUAAGUAAAUUGAAAAAAAAUAAACUGUUGGAUAUUCCACCAAAUUGUCCCCCGUAGCAGGAAUGGAGUUAUGUGAAAGUAAUUUAAAAAAAAAUAAAG